GAAGUAUCAGAUGAAUUAUUCAUUGUUGCUGACAAAUUUCAUGAUAAUACAUCUAAUUUAUUACAAGAAAAUAGAUCACUAAAUUAUUUAAAUGCUGUUGUUAAUGAAAAAAGUGAUACUGAACAACAGAUGAAUAUUCUUGAGCAAAAAUUGAUGUAUAGAACUCUUCAUGGGGUUUACAAAGUAGCCUUGCAAAAAGCUUUAGUAAAUAAGUCAAAGUCUCAACAUCUUAUCAAAAUUUUGCAAGAAUUUGCAGAAGAAAAUGAUGAAUCUGAAAAAUCUUCUAAUGAUGAGUAUAGUCAAAAUGAAUCCUCAAGUGACAAAGAAAAUACAAUCCCUAAUUCUCCUUGUCUACAAAAUUCAAAAGAAAACAUAGUAAAGGACAACCUUUAG